CCUCCUCCUCCUCCUCCUCCUCCCCCGGUCUCUUCCCGCCGCCUCCGCCGGCAGAACCGCGCUUCCAGUCGGCCCGGGCAGGGGGGACUGCAUGCUCGGAGGCUCGGGCCGAGGGACCGGCUUGGGGGUGACUAUGAGAUUGCUUCAGAUCUGAGCCCUCUACUGGAGCCAUGGCCUCAUGAUCCCACUUGUGCCCGUGAUCCAGAACAACCCUGGCUGACCACACUUAAUGCAGGAUGCUCCAGCAGGUACAUGGACACAGUUCAGGCUCUGAUGCCCAAAGCAGGGCAUCCCUCAGAGGAGACCUGCAGGACUUCUUGGGUGGGGAGGCCCCGCUGCACCAGCUGGAAGAUCUCACCAAGGUGAAUCCUGUGACACUGGAGACAGUCCUCAGGUGCCUGCAGGCCCGGUACAUGGCAGACAUAUUCUACACCAAUGCUGGCUGCACCCUGGUAGCUCUGAACCCCUUCAAGCCCAUCCCUGAGCUCUAUACACCUGAGCUGAUGCAAGAGUACCAUGUUGCACCUCAACCACAGACACUCAAGCCCCAUAUCUUCACUGUGGGUGAGCAGACCUACAGGAAUGUGAAGAGCCUGAUUGAGCCAGUCAACCAGUCCAUCGUGGUCAGUGGAGAAAGUGGUGCUGGAAAGACAUGGACAUCCCGCUGCCUAAUGAAGUUCUACGCAGUGGUGGCGGCCUCACCCACUUCCUGGGAGAGCCACAGGAUCUCAGAGAGGAUUGAACAACGGAUCCUGAACUCCAACCCUGUCAUGGAAGCAUUCGGGAAUGCGUGUACCCUGAGGAAUAACAACAGCAGUCGCUUUGGGAAGUUCAUCCAGCUCCAGCUAAACAGAGCGCAGCAGAUGACGGGAGCUGCAGUCCAGACCUACCUCCUAGAGAAAACACGUGUGACCUGCCAGGCCUCCAGCGAAAGGAACUUCCACAUCUUCUACCAGAUCUGCAAAGGAGCCACCAAGGACGAGCGGCUCCAGUGGCACCUCCCUGAGGAUGCUACCUUUUCCUGGCUGCCCAACUCACAGAGGACUUUGGAAGAGGAUUGUUUCGAGGUGACCAGAGAGGCCAUGCUUCAUUUGGGCAUCGACACCCCAACCCAGAACAACAUCUUUAAGGUCCUAGCUGGACUGCUACACCUUGGCAAUAUCCAGUUUGCUACCUCAGAGGACGAAGCCCAGCCCUGCCAACUGAUGAACGAUGCCAAGUUCUCUGUCAGGACAUCAGCCUGGCUGCUGCAGCUCCCAGAGGACAUGCUGGUGAAGACACUACAGAUUCGAACCAUCAGAGCAGGCAGGCAACAGCAAGUGUUCCAGAAGCCCUGCUCCCAAGCUGAGUGUGACACCCGCAGAGACUGUCUGGCCAAAGUCGUCUAUGCACAGCUGUUCGACUGGCUGGUGUCAGUGAUCAACAGCAGCAUCUAUGUGGACUGUGACUCAUGGACCACUUUCAUAGGCCUGUUGGAUGUAUACGGGUUUGAGUCAUUCCCAGACAACAGUCUGGAACAGUUGUGCAUCAACUAUGCCAAUGAGAAGCUGCAACAGCACUUCGUGUCCCAGUACCUAAAGGCACAGCAGGAAGAAUAUGCAGUUGAGGGCCUGGAGUGGUCAUUUGUCAAGUACCAGGACAACCAGACCUGUUUGGAUCUUAUUGAGGGGAGCCCCAUCAGCAUUUGCUCCCUCAUAAAUGAGGAAUGCCGUCUUAAUCGGCCAAGCAGUGCAGCCCAGCUCCAAACACGCAUUGAGAGUGCCUUGGCAGGCAGGCCUUGUCUGGGCCCCAAUAAGCUCAGCCGGGAGCCCAGCUUUGUUGUGGUGCAUUUCGCAGGACCUGUACGAUACCACACAGCAGGCCUGGUUGAGAAAAACAAGGACCCUGUUCCCCCUGAGCUGACAGGGCUCCUGCAGCAAUCCCAGGACCCCCUGCUUAUGAUGCUAUUUCCUGAUAACCCCAAAGAGAAGACCCAGGAGGAGCCCUCUGGCCAGAGCAGGGCCCCUGCAUUGACUGUGAUGUCUAAGUUCAAGGCCUCACUGGAGCAGCUCCUACAGGUCCUACACAGCACCACACCCCACUACAUCCGCUGCAUCAAGCCCAACAGCCAGGGCCAGCCACAGACCUUCCUCCAGGAGGAGGUCCUGAACCAGUUGGAGGCCUGUGGCCUCGUGGAGACCAUCCACAUCAGUGCUGCCGGCUUUCCCAUCCGGGUCUCUCACCAGAGCUUUGUGGAACGAUAUGAGUUACUGAGAAGGCUCCGUCCUCACACAUCCUCUGGCCUCCAUGGCCUGUAUCCUUCCAAAGGGCCCUUUGAGCAGCCUCUAUGUGCCAAGGAAGCCACUCUCCCAGCUGUACUCCGGGACAUUCUUUAUACUCUGCCAGCUUCAAUUGGGACAGUAGCCACCCCUGGUGACCCAGCUGAGGCCACACCAGCCCCACUGUAUUGUGGCAGAACCAAGGUCUUCAUGACUGACUCCAUGCUAGAGCUUCUGGAGCGUGGGCGUGCCCGGGUGCUAGAGCAGUGUGCCCGCUGCAUCCAGUGUGGCUGGAGGAGACACCAGCACAGAAAGCAGGAGAGACAGAGGCGGGCUGCUGUGCUCAUCCAGGCAGCCUUUCGGGCCUGGUUAACUCGGAAACACCUCAGAAGGUUGCAUACUGCUGCUACCAUCAUCAAGCGUGCAUGGCUUAAGUGGAGAAUCAGAAUGGCCUUCCUUGCUUCUAAAGAACUGGACGGAAUGGAAGAGAGACCUGAGUCUCAGGCUCCCAGCCCCUUGAGCUCCUUGCUGCCCCCAGCACAGACUCGGCUGCUGGGAGCAAUCAUCCGUCUCUGGCCCCUGGGAUUGGUGCUAGCCAACUCGGCUGUGGGUGUGCAAGGCUUUCAGAGGAAACAGGUGGUCUAUGCCUGCCUGCAGCUUCCCUCGGGCAGCCCCAACAUCCAGACACUACAACAAGACCAGGCUGGCAUCACCUCCAUUCGAGCACUGCCUCAGGGCUCGAUAAAGUUUCACUGCAGAAAGUCUCCACUUCGGUAUGCUGACAUUUGCCCCGAACCUUCAACUGACAGUGUUACUGGUUUUAAUCAGAUUCUGCUAGAAAGACACAGGCCAAUCCACGUGUGACCUCCUCUCACCCUCUGCUGCCACCUGGCUGGGUGAUCUUUGGUGCCUUUGUUUUUACAAGGUCUUUUCCUGCCAGCUGCCUUGCCAAAGACAUUUGAUCAACACACAACAGCCAAACUAUUCCCACGGCAACUCCACUGGCACGUGCAAGAAAGUGUUCUGCCCUGCCAGCCAGGGCUUUCGCCUCAACACUGGCAGGUGUCAGGUUUGAUGGUUACCAAGCCAGGAUUAAGCCACAGAACUCCCCACUCAGUACCUUUGUUGUCAGGGGGCUGUCCACCCUAGAGGGUCAUCUGUCACCGCGGGAUACUCAGCACUUUAGAAGAAAGGGGGCAAGGUUCUCCUAAAAUUAGCCCUAGAAUUUUGGCUGGGAAAACUUUGCAUAUAGUUCCAUAAAGGAACAGCCUUUAUUUAAGAAGUUGUUGAUUUAUUUAAUGUAAUUUCAAACAUUAGAAGACAAGGACAAUGCAAUGUAUAACAGGAACCUAUCUUGAUUUUAGUAAUAUUGGUCAUUUUUAACUCA